AACCAUCUCAAUCUAUCUUAAACGCAUCUAUCUUCGGUAAACUCAAAAACAAGCACAUCGAGACGAUCCUCUUUACCCCACUGAGAACUUCAUAAGAAAAGAAGAGAUAAGAGAAGAAGGAAACUAAUCGAAUCGAAUCGAACAUGUCCACAGAAGAUAUAAUCUCAAGUUUGUUCGUAGUCGCUCUUUUGGCCAUUUUGAUCAGAUGGUGGUCUAAACCUAAAACUUCCGCUCAGACUCAAGCCACGAGAAAUGUCACUCCUGCUAUGGUCGAAAGUGUUCACUCGACUUUUCCUCAUAUACAAAAGAAAGAUAUCAUUUGGUCUUUAUCCAAAACAGGUUCCGCACAAGCUACAAGUGAAGAGAUUUUAGAGAAGGGUUUUUUACCUUCUGCCCCAGCAUCAUUCCAACCUCCUCCUUCUCUCCUUCCUCUUGAUCCGAAUCCCGUUCAUGUUGCCCCACAAAAGAUAUCGGAGAAUCACAAGACACCUUCUCUGAUAGAGAAAUACGGUUUAGCUUCUAGAUUACCUUCGAGGAAAGGGAAAGAGAAAGCGGACCUUUCCCCGGUCAUGGAGAAUGGAAAUGAAAAGGGACUCGGAGCGGGAGUGGGAGUGGGGAUGGGAGUAGGGGGAAAGUGGGAAGAUACAAGGGAGAAAAGAGAAAGAGAAUUGAGAGAGAGGAAAGAGAGGAUGAUCCUUGAGGCUAGAAGACGUUUGCUAGAAUCGCAAUCACGGCAAUAGUUUCACAAGCUCUUUCCCU